CAGGCCGGAGCCCGGCGCGGAAGGGAGGAGGCUCGCUGCUGGCUGGUCCGCGGGGAACGGCCGGGAGCUGCCGCCUCGCGCCCGCUGCGGGGAAGCCCCGCCAGGAAAUUCCCGGGGGGCAGCGCCGGCUAGGACACCGCGGGCCUUACGCAAGGCCGGGCUGCCCCCUCCCCCAACCCGGCUCCCAGAGCCCCGCGCGGGAUCCCAGCGACGCCUCUCGGCCCCCUCGGCUCGCUUCGCGCUUUCCCCCGCCCCGGGGUUCCCCUCCCCUCGCUGGGCUGCGGGCCCCGCCCCCCGUGGGCGGCCCCUCCCUGCUGGCGGUGCCGAGCAGCCCCUGCCCGCCCGCCCGGCCGAUAAGAGUCGGUGGGGGCCGCGCCCAGCUAGCGCCGAAAGGCUCGUACCUGCUCCCGAGCGGCGGCGGCGGCAGGGAGCGGAACUAGCAGCAGCACCUCGGCCCGUGCCCGGCGCCCCUGGGAUUUAUAUGCAGCUGGGGGGGUUAUUGUUCACCCUGCUGGAGGAAGAGACGCGGCCGCGGGGUGAUCUGUGCUCUCUUCCCCCCACCAUGUGCUCAGUGAACGAGGACAGCAGCACGGACCCCCUGGUAGCCCGGUGCAGGCAGCUGGAGGAGACCGUGGAGAAGCUGCACCUGGAGAACAAGAGCCUCAAGAGCAAAGUGCCUCGGUACAAAGCCAUCUGCAACCUGUAUCAUGAGUCCGGGCAGCAGCUGAAGCACCUUCAAAUGCAGCUCUCAGCCAAGGAGGCGAUGAUCGGGGAGCUGAGGGCGAGCGUGGCCAAGUACCAGGCUGUCCAACUGGGAGCAGCACAGGAAGGGGAGCAGCAGCCAUCGCCACCUGGGGGAAAGUUUGUUGAACCUGCUAAAUCUCUAGUGGAAAGUUUAAUAGAUCAGGUUGGCCAAAUGAAGCAGGAGCUUAAAGACAGCGAGAGAAUUUCAGCACAGAAGGUGGAAACUUUGAGCCAGGAAGUGCAGAAGCUGAAUCGGCAACUAGAAGAAAAAGACAGAGAUAUACAGCAGAUAAUAAGUCAGCCACAGUAUGAAAAAGAGAGAGAAAUCUUACGACUCCAGAGAAGCUUGGCAGAGAGAGAGAAAGUCCAGGCCACAAGUGAAGUACUGUGUCGUUCACUCACCGAUGAAACUCACCAACUUCAACGUAAAUUGGCAUCCACAGCAGAAAUGUGUCAGCAGCUGGCAAAAUGUCUAGAAGAAAAGAGAAAAGACAGAGGGUAUUUAGAGGAGCAUAUUCCGAUUGAAAGAUCCAAUCAGCUACAAUUUUCAGAGAAUAAAACUUCACCCCAAACAAUUAUUUGCCAACUACAGGAGGAAAACAGGAAGUUACAACAAAAAGUGUUUCAUGUGGAAGACUUAAAUACAAAGUGGCAGGCGUAUGAUGCUAGUAGAGAAGAAUAUGUGAAACGACUCCACCUGCAGCUGAAAGAACUGAAGUCUCAACCCGAACAGCAGCAAAGAAAUUCAGAGCUGAUGCAGAAGGAGAUUUCUCGGUUGAACAAAUUACUGGAAGAAAAAAUGAAUGAAUGCAUUAAAGUAAAGCGAGAGUUAGAGGAUGUGAAGAAGGCUAAAGAUGGAGAUCGUGAGCGUGUACAAAUGUUGGAGCAACAGGUACUUGUUUACAAGGAUGAUUUCACGUCUGAAAGAGCAGAUCGAGAGCGUGCACAAAGUAAAAUACAGGAACUUCAGGCAGAAGUUGCUUGUCUACAGCACCAGCUAACCAGGAGACAGGAAUCAAGAGAGACAACUGGUCAUGUUAGAGUUCACACUGGGAACCAAAAUCAUCGUGUGUAUGUACAGACAAAUGUUGAACAUCUACUGGGCAACAGCCAAGUCCAGUCAGGCGUGAGGAGAACAGGUUCACAAUCUGAACAACCUGCUACACGCACAGACAGUGGGAGUUCAGGGUCAGAGAGACGAGGACAGGGUGAACUUCAGUGCCCUCAUUGCAUGAGGUUCUUCAAUGAUGAACUCAGUGAUGAAUUUCUCAGACAUGUUGCUGAAUGUUGUCAAUAAUCUGACCUGAGAAGUGCAAUCAAAUAUCAAAUCAACCACUACUUGAUACUGAGAAAACAGCACUUUGAGAUGUAUACUACAGUACCAAUUAAUGUUGGUUAUAUUUUUAAUAUUUAUCAUCCGGUUUGGAUGUUUGACUGACUUAUCUAAGCAUAAAUUCAGUGCUUAGAGAGAUUCGAUGCUGAAACUGAUUUGAGGACAGCUUAGUGAAAGAAGUUGAUUACUAAUCUACAAUAAAGGCAAAAAAAAUAAUAAUGAAGUAAUUCAUUUUAAAUGGCCAUAAUGUAGGAUGUUAACCAGCACGAUGAGAAAUGUCUACCUCUUUCUUCAUUCCACCACCUGUUGGACUGCACCAGAGACUUCAACAUAAAUCAAGCCAUUUUGCAAAGAAUGGAAAUAUACAAAUUAACACUCCAACAAAUGUGAGUGUAACAAAUGCAAACCUGCUACAAGCCAAAAGUGCUGGAUGGGCUCAGAGCAGACAGACUUACAAGCAAAAGUUUGAUUCUUUGUACUGGUGGCAAUCUGAAAUAUUUAUAAAGGGUAAAGAGUGACAGUAUCUUAACUGGAUUUGAAAUCUGGAUACCUUCCUUUUCACAGAUACAGCCAUAUAGGGAAGAGUGGCAAAAGUGGUAAGGUAGGGGGGGAAAGCUUCACUGUGCCAUACUGGGGUACAGUGGAAUAGAGACAUCUCAUUUGUCAUUACCUUGAGUCUGUUAGGCAUUUUAAUACAACAGAAUGAAAUCAACCAUGUCUCUGUCUGACAGAGCUUUUACUUAUCACUUGCAUUGAAUGGGAGGAAAAUGUUAAGAUACUAGUUACUCUGAUCUAAACCCUCUCUUUUUGCACUGAAACAUAUUGCACAGGGAUUAUAUUUAUUUUUUUCUUCUGUGCUAGAAAGUGACUGUACAUACGUGAAUACAGCUUGUAUACAAAUAUUUUAAAAUUGUCAAACUUAUUUUUAUAAUAAAAUACUGGGGUGUAGUUGCUUUACU